AUGGCCCUGGCCUUAUGGAGAACAAUCAAUAUGGGACCACACGGAGAGGUGGUGGACGACGACAUACUAACAAUGAGGAUUCUCAAUUUUCCAAUUCUGGUCUAUGAGAAUAUUCUGAAGCAUCUUAAGCCCAGUGAGCUACUUCUGUUGUCUUUUUGCUCAUUGAGAACUAGAGCUCUUGUUUCACGAAUGCGUCACACUCCAACUUAUACCGUUUUCGUCUUGAACAGACCUGAAGAAAUGAAUUAUGCAUUGGUAAACGAACCAGAAAAAGAAGAAAUUGUGAUAACCUGGAAUUGGAACAACGAAAAAAUGGGAGGCGUUAGAACAGAAAGAAUAAAAUCAAAGUAUAUCGAUUUGGAAUGUAGAAUUACCUUCAAGAAAAACUCCAACACUCCAAUUUUAUGGUGUUCGUUUGAAAAUCAAUCAUCUCGGAAAAGAUUUGCAACUGCGCUUCAUUCUCAUAUGUGUGAAGUAUUCCGAGUUGAACCAGAAAUGCAAUUCAAAUUAUCUCUGGAUUAUAUGAAUGAACUCCCAUAUACGAACACAGUUAGAGAUGUUACACUACUUGAUACAACUGUUAACUCUCGAAUUGUUGAUGAGUUUUUUGAGAAAUUCCAUGUGACACGAGCACUUUUCUCUAAAAGCUAUAAACGGAACAAUCCAUUAAAAGAUUCUUGUAAAUUUCAUCAAAUCAAUAAUUUGUUUAUUGAUUGUUCGUCUUGGAUUGACGGGUCAUAUCUAUUGAAGUUUGAUUGUCAAAAUCUGGUUGCAAUAGUACCUUCCGUCAGAGAGAACAGUUUGAUAAAAUUUGUGAAUCAAUGGUUGGAAGGAAAAUAUACAAAGCUUAGAACAAUGGCCGUUUUGUUGGAUACAGAUGUAGACGCUCCAAUUGUAUUAAAUCAAUUCAGUUUAGCUCCAUGGAACGCUGAGGAAGACAAAAUUAACUACGAUUUGCCAGUACAUGAUUAUUGCAAACGAUUAUUCAAAGAAUUGAAUGAUAUGGAUAGAAGCGGUGUUCUUAGAAGACAAAGCGAUGGAUUGCGUGCAGUAAUGAGAGGGAAACUUGGUCAAUUUCUCUUUCACAAACCAAUGGACGAACCAUUCCGAGACAUUCCAUCUUAUCCGUUGGACGAAUCCCUUUUCCAAAUGGAUCAGCUGCCAGAGCAAUGUAUCCUUCCUUAA